GGGCCCAUUUCCAAUAUGGCAGUAGCCUCGCGGCUGUUUGGGGGGCUCUGCUUCCGUUUCCGGGACCAGAAUCCGGAAGUGGCAGUUGGGGGGCGUCUUCCUAUCUCCAGCUGCGUUGGCUGUGAGAGGAGGCAGACGGCGAUGGCUGCGGUCGCGGUGAAUCCAGCCGCUCUUGCGGUUGCGGCUGAGAACAGACAGCCACAGCGCGAGAUGGUGCCAGGCCUGGACAGCCAGCGGCGCCAGAUCGAAAACGGCGAGAGUGGGCGAGAGCGUCCACUGCGGGCUGGCGAAAGCUGGUUCCUUGUGGAGCAGCACUGGUAUAAACAGUGGGAGGUGUACGUGCAGGGUGGGGACCAGGAUUCCAGCACUUUUCCUGGCUGUAUCAACAAUGCUGAGCUCUUUGAAGAUCAGAUAAACUGGCGCCUCAAGGAGGGACUGGUGGAAGGCGAGGAUUAUGUGCUGCUCCCAGCAGCUGCUUGGCAUUACCUGGUCAGCUGGUAUGGUCUAGAACAUGGCCAGCCACCCAUUGAACGCAAGGUCAUUGAGCUGCCCAGCAUCCAGAAGGUUGAGGUGUACCCAGUAGAACUGCUGCUUGUUCAGCACAGUGAUAUGGACACACCUCACACUGCUCAAUUCAGCCACGCAGAUUCACUUGACCUAAUAUUGCGCACAGCUCGGGAGCAGUUUCAGGUGGACCCCAAGGAAGACACACGGCUUUGGAUCAAGAACUCAGAAGGCUCCUUGGAUCGGUUGUGUGACACACACGUCACAGUGCUUGACGCCGCCCUCGAGACUGGGCAGUUGGUCAUUAUGGAGACCCGAAACAGAGACGGCACUUGGCCCAGUGCACAGCUGCAUGCCACGAACAACGUGUCAGAAGAGGAUGAGGGCUUCAAGGGCCAGCCGGGCAUCUGUGGCCUCACCAAUCUGGGCAACACAUGCUUCAUGAACUCGGCUCUGCAGUGCCUCAGCAACGUGCCGCAGCUCACCGAGUAUUUCCUCAACAACCGCUACCUAGAGGAGCUCAACUUCCGCAACCCACUGGGUAUGAAGGGUGAGAUCGCAGAGGCCUAUGCGGACCUGGUGAAGCAGGCAUGGUCUGGCCACCACCGCUCCAUUGUGCCUCAUGUGUUCAAGACCAAGGUCGGCCAUUUUGCGUCCCAGUUUCUGGGCUACCAGCAGCAUGACUCACAGGAGCUACUGUCAUUUCUCCUGGAUGGGCUGCACGAGGACCUCAAUCGGGUCAAGAAGAAGGAGUAUGUGGAGCUGUGUGAUGCUGCUGGGCGGCCAGAUCAGGAGGUGGCUCAGGAGGCAUGGCAAAACCACAAACGGCGGAAUGAUUCUGUGAUUGUGGACACUUUCCAUGGCCUCUUCAAGUCCACACUGGUAUGUCCCGAUUGUGGCAAUGUGUCUGUGACCUUCGACCCCUUCUGCUACCUCAGCGUCCCACUACCUGUCAGCCACAAGAGGGUCUUGGAAGUGUUCUUUAUUCCCAUGGAUCCCCGCCGCAAGCCAGAGCAGCACCGGCUCGUGGUCCCCAAGAAAGGCAAAAUCUCGGAUCUAUGUGUGGCUCUGUCCAAACACACGGGGAUCUCUCCAGAGAGGAUGAUGGUAGCUGAUGUCUUCAGUCACCGCUUCUAUAAGCUCUACCAGCUGGAGGAGGCUCUGAGCACCAUCUUGGACCGAGAUGACAUCUUUGUCUAUGAAGUGUCAGGUCGGAUUGAGGCCAUCGAGGGCUCGAGAGAGGAUAUAGUGGUUCCUGUCUACCUGCGGGAGCGUACCCCUGCCCGCGACUACAACAACUCUUACUAUGGCCUGAUGCUUUUCGGGCACCCGCUCCUGGUGUCAGUUCCUCGAGACCGCUUCUCCUGGGAGGGCCUGUAUAAUGUCCUAAUGUACCGGCUCUCACGCUACGUGACCAAACCCAGCUCAGAUGAUGAGGACGAUGGGGAUGAGAAAGGAGACGAGGAGGAGGAGGAGGAGGAUAAAGACAACAUCCCUGGGCCCUCGACUGGGGGCAGCCUCCGAGACCCUGAGCCAGAGCAGCCUGGGCCCAGCUCUGGGGUCACUAGCAGGUGCCCAUUCCUGUUGGACAACUGCCUUGGCACAUCUCAGUGGCCACCAAGGCGACGGCGCAAGCAACUGUUCACCCUGCAGACGGUGAACUCCAAUGGGACCAGCGACCGCACGAACUCCCCUGAAGAAGUCCAUGCCCAGCCGUACAUUGCCAUCGACUGGGAGCCGGAGAUGAAGAAGCGUUACUAUGAUGAGGCGGAGGCUGAGGGCUACGUGAAGCACGAAUGCGUUGGGUACGUGCUGAAGAAGGCUCCGGUGCGGCUGCAGGAGUGCAUUGAGCUCUUCACCACUGUGGAGACCCUGGAGAAGGAAAACCCCUGGUACUGCCCCUCCUGCAAGCAGCACCAGCUGGCCACCAAGAAGCUAGAUCUGUGGAUGCUGCCUGAGAUUCUCAUCAUCCACCUGAAACGCUUUUCGUAUACCAAGUUCUCCCGAGAGAAGCUGGACACCCUUGUGCAGUUUCCCAUCCGGGACCUGGACUUCUCUGAGUUUGUCAUCAAACCGCAGAAUGAGUCGGCUCCAGAGCUGUACAAAUAUGACCUCAUCGCGGUUUCCAACCACUAUGGGGGCAUGCGUGAUGGACACUACACCACAUUUGCCUGCAACAAGGACAGCGGCCAGUGGCACUAUUUUGAUGACAACAGUGUCUCCCCUGUGAAUGAGAACCAGAUUGAGUCCAAGGCAGCGUACGUGCUCUUCUACCAACGCCAGGAUGUGGCACGCCGCCUGCUGUCCCAGCCCGGCUCAUCUGGCCCCUCAACCUCCCCUGCCUGCGGUUCCCCACCCAGCUCUGAGUUCAUGGAUGUUAACUGAGGGGCCCUGGGUCAUGCCCCAGGGAAGGAAGCCCUCUCUGCUAUCUUCCUUCUUGUGUCCCCCACCCCAAUUCUCUUACCUGUGUCAGGAGCCCCUGCCAAGCAUUGCAGGCUUAGUCGUGGCUGCUGUUGUUUUCCUGUGCCGCUGCAUUGCUCUCUCCGGGAAGAAGAGGUCCUGUCUCCUCCCGGCAGUGUGCUCCCGCCUGUGUUUGCCCCUUAGAGCAGCAACCCUCCCUCCUAGUCUUUAUUUAUGGUCAUCCUCUUCCCUCUCCUCAGCUUGGAGUGUUCUGCGUGGGUGAUGAUGGGGGUUCACCUGAACACAGAGUGUAUUUUCUUACCGAGACCCUGUCCCUUCCACUGUGUGUGUAUAUAUAUAAAGUGCCAGUCUAGUCCUCACUCA